AUGAAACAUCAACAUAAUGUGCUGCUUUGCGUGAUGGGAAAUGUAUAUGCAGUACCCGUUACGGAGAUCGAGGUGAAAAACGAGAAGUACUAUUUCGUGGUGAUCCUUCAGUUCGUUAUAUUGAUUCUGCUUCUACCUCCAUCUCUAACGUUACUCAACGCUGUCAUCAACUCCAUUUCUCUCAGUCCUACCCGCUGGCAAAAAAACAUAGGGUGAUGAAUAUGCGAUACACCACGCGUGUGAAUUGCUCGCCAAUGCAUGGCCUUGCCCCUGGAGCUGUGAUUGUCUUCAUUGCCCGUGUAGCAUCUCGCCUAGCCCCUGUGUAUUCUUCACGCGCUAUAUGAAUCUCUUCCGAACGGCAUCCUCAUUCUGCAUACCAACAGUUUCUCAUAGCCAGAUAAUCUCUUUUGUUCGCUC